GAGGACUACGAGGAGGCCUUCAACCACUACCAGAACGGCGUGGACGUGCUGCUCCGCGGCGUGCAGGUUGACCCCAACAAGGAGCGUCGGGAGGCCGUGAAGCGGAAGAUCACGCAGUACUUGAGGCGCGCAGAGGAGAUCUUCAACUGCCACCUCCAGCGGGCUGCAGGGGGUGGCAAUCCCACCGCCACGGGUUACAGCAGCCUGCGGUUCCGGCCCAUCAGGACUCUGAGCUCGGCAGUGGAGAACCUGAGACGGUGCAAGGUUGUGGGAGUGAUCGAUAAGGUGCAGAUCGUCCAGGAUCCGGCCACUGGUGAGACCUUUGUACUGAAGAGUCUCCCCAAAUCCCAUGUCGAGACCCGUGAGCGACAGACCAUCGUCCCUCAUGGGGUCCCCUUCAUGGUCAAACUGCUGUGCUACUGCGUGAGUGAGGACUCCAUCUUCCUCCACCUGGAGCACGUGCAGGGGGAGACACUGUGGUCUCACCUCCGCUCCAAGUACGGAGUCCAGCAGGGCUCUGCGGAUUCAAACACUGCUCAAGCUCUGAGGGACCCUGACAAAGAGGAUGGUGUGGGAAGCUCCCAGGGCAGCAGCCAAGUCUCCAUCUCCUCUGCUCGGACAGGCAGUGGCCUCCCAGGCUCUGCAACCCACCGCGUAUUGGGAAACAUGGAUGCCUCACCUGCUCGGGAGCCGUCCCCUGACCUCAUGGACCCCGGCUUGAGGAACCACUGCCAGCUUCGCCUGACUCCCACCAGCAGCAUGAGGGCUGCCCCUGGAGGGCAGGAUCUGAGCGGGACACAGGCUGUGUCCGGCGUCAUGGACCAAGUUCCAGCAGCAUCAGUCAAAGGCCCCAGCCAGGUCCUGGUCGUCUACCCCUGGAAUUCUCUAACCAGUGGCAUGGGUUGUGCGUUGGAGAGAGCAGCCCCCCAGCAAGACCCCAGGCUUCCCCAAACGCCUGCCUCCAUACCAAAGACUGUGAGAGGGGGCCAGCCAGGGGCAGGGGAGUCUCAGCAAGUGUUUGGGGUUCCCUGUACUCAGCCCCUCCUGACCUCGGGUCAGAGGCAGCUUCAUUCAGGAGUUUCCCUGUCUGGUUCUGGCAAGCCCCACAGGCCUGACCCAGUGGUAAGGGGAGCGAGCCUGACCCAUGGCCGGCUCAGAGAGCAGGCACCAUCAGGACAGAGCCGAUCUCUGACUUCCCAUGGGCAUGGCCAGAGAGCGUGGGCUGUGAAGGAGGAGCAGGUGCAGCUGUGGGCAGCAGAAAUCCUCCUGGCCUUGGAGGGACUUCACCAACAGGGUGUGUUGUGCCGGGACCUCAACCCCAGGAACCUGCUGCUUGAUGCUGCCGGUCACGUCCGUCUCACCUUCUUUGGGCAGUGGACAGAGGUGGAGCCUCAGUGCUGCAGUGAGGCACGGGAGGAGCUGUACAGUGCCCCAGAAGUCGGGGGGAUCAUGGAGCCCACUGAAGCAGCCGACUGCUGGAGCUUUGGGUCUCUCCUGUACGAGCUGCUGACAGGAGUGCCGCUGUCCCAAAACCAUCCUUCAGGGAUUCAACCUCACACCCAGCUGCAUCUGCCAGAGGGACUCAGCCUGGCUGCUACAUCGCUGCUCACCGAGCUUCUACAGUACAACCCAAAGCAGCGUUUGGGCUCUGGAGGAGGCGGCAUGGCGAAGCUGAAGUCCCACUCCUUCUUCAGCACCAUCCCAUGGGCCAAGCUGGUGGGCUAG